AUGGAUAUCGACGAAGACAUGAUGAUGGAAGGCGCGUUACAGGCGUACGAGGCGGAUGACGACGACGCGCUGCAGUUGACUCCAGGCCAUCAGGACGGCGCACACGAGCAGCACGACCAUAGAAACGAGGAGCAGCAGCAGUUGCCGCAUCAGGAGGAGGGGUUCAGGGAAGAAGAGAUGCACGACGCGAACGGCGCUGCGGCUGCUCUUGCGGGAAAUGGAUCUGAGAGGGACGCCGGGACGGGUGGUGGGUCGAAUCGUGUGGGGGAUGGCGCUGAAGCGGCGGGCGACGAGGGAGCGGCGAAGCAGCAGGAGGAGCAGGAGAAACGGGAGGAGAAGGUUCCGGCAGGAAUCGGAGCGAAGCGAAAGGUGUAUCGUGUUCCGUGCCAUGCGAGCUGGUUUCGAUGGGACAAGAUCCACCCUUUGGAAAAGCGUGGGGUUCCAGAGUUUUUCCUCCCAACACCCCCCCCACAGCCACCAACAGCCACCAUGUUUCCUCCUCCACCCCCUCCCGCCAAAACCCCCACUCUCUACAAAGAAUACCGAGACGCCAUUAUCACCAUGUACUGCCAGAUGCCGCCAUCCGAUUGGCCGCUCACCUUCACACGUGUCCGCCGGGCGUUGGUUGGUGACGUGAGCUCGAUCCGUCGGGUGUUUGACUUUCUUGACCAAUGGGGGCUGAUCAACGCUGAUGUGCCAGGAGGGGGCGGAGCAGGAGGAGCAGCAGCAGCCAAUGCCUCGGCCGCUGCUGCCGCAGCGGCAGCCAUUGCUGCUGCAACAGCUGCUGCUUCAUCUACCGAUUCGGUGGCAGCAGCAGUUGCAGCGGUGGCAGCGGGAAGUGGGUGGAGUGAGGAAGAGGUGUUGUUGUUGCUAGAGGGAAUUGAGAUGUUUGGGGAUAGCUGGGAGAAGGUGGCAAGGCAUGUGAAGACGAAAGACCGAGCGCAGUGUCUGGCUUAUUUUGUCCGCAUGCCCAUGGGUGACUCGUUUGAAUCGAUCAGUGCGCCACCUGCUACAGUCACACGUGCUUCAGUCACGCCUGUCUCUGAAGCUCCUGUAUCUGCCACAGCUGCUGUUGCUGCUGCCACUGAGAGGAGUGAGGGAGAUGAGAAGGGAGGGGAGGGGAGGGACGGAGGUGGGGUGGGUGAAAAGAAGGGUGACGUGGAAAUGCAAGCUGCUGACGUGGGAGAAGAUGCAGCAGCGGAAAAGGCAGAGGAGAUUGGAACAGAGACUAUAGAGAAUGAUUUGUCAAGACGAGGCAUGAAGAGAAAGGGAUCGAAUCUGGAGCAGCAGCCUUCGAAACCAACAGUGAUGGGUCUGGACGAGCCCAUUCCGUUUGGCGACAGUGGUAACCCUAUCAUGGCGCAGGUGGCGUUUAUCUCUGGUGUGGCUGGGCCUCGUGUGGCUGCUGCUGCUGCUCAGGCUGCUCUGGCCGCGCUUGUGUUUGAAGACCCGUCUGCCCUUGCUGAGUUGCACCAGGCUGCUGCUGAGGCAGAGGCGAGGGCAGUGGCCGCAGAGGAAGACGCAAAGGCAGCAGCAGCAGCAGAGCAUGAGGUGAGGGCAGGGGCAGGGGCAGGGGCAGGGGCACCAGCGGCAGCAGGAGAAGGAGGAGGAGGGGGACUGGCAGCGAAGGGAGAGAAAGAGGGGAGUGCAGUGAUAGAGAAAGAUGUUGGAGGAGUAGAUGCAGAGGUUGUUGCAGAGGGAGCAGCAGGAGACGAUGCAAGGGAAACAAGAGCAGGGGAGAAGGAGGGGGGAGCAAAAACAAAUAAAGAAGGACUGGCAGCAGGAGACAGUGUAGCUGCUGCUCCUGGUGCUGCUGGUGGUGAAUCCGCUGCUACUGCCGCUUCCGAAGGUGGUGAUGGGGAUACAAUUGCUGCUGCGCGUGAAGGGGAUGGCGGCGCGAAAGGGGAUGGCGUGAAAGGGGAUUCUGCUGAAAAGGAUGAUGUUAAAGGGGAUGCUGUUAAAGGGGAUGUUGUUAAAGGGGAUGCCGUUAAAGGGGAGGAGGGUGUGAAAGGGGAUGCCGAAGCUACUGAUGUUAAGGGACAGGUACAGAUGGAGAGAGGAGGAGAGGAGAACGAGGGACAGAAAGAGGAGGGGGGUGGGAAAGUGAGGAAGAUAGAGAGUGAUGGUGGCAUAGCUGGCAUGGAUGUUGAUGGAGGUAAGGAGGCGAGCAAAGGGGAUGAGGAAGGGAAGGGAGGAGGUGACGUUGGAAAGGAGGGGGAGGAGAGUAGGGAAGGUGGGGGUGCGAAGGGCGAGCAGGGAGAGAAGGGAGAGGGGAAUGAGAUUGACAUGGCUGCAACAGGUACAGAUGCAGCAGCAGGAGAAAUGGCCACACCAGAGAAAGCAGAAGGAGCAGCUGGAGCAGGAGCAGGAGGAGGAGGAGGAAGAGGGGGAGGAGCAGAAGGGGAGGCAGGAGGAGGCAAGGGCCCUCAACGCCGCGUUCCCUCUCUGAGCGACGUGCCGUCAGCUCUGCGCAUCCGAGCUGCUGCUGCCACGGCCAUCGCUGCUGCAGCGGUGAAGGCGCGGCUGAUGGUGGAGGAGGAGGAGCGGGAGAUGCGGCGCGUGAUGGCAGAGUUGGUGGCCAAACAGUGUCUGAAGCUAGAGAAGAAGAUGCUUCAAUUCGAGAGGUUGGAGCAGCUGAUGGCACGGGAGGGAGCGAGCAUCGACAGGCAGAGGGCAGCAGCUCCUUUCCUCUUCUUUCUUUCCUCACUUCGUCAAUACUGCGUCUGCCCUUCCUCCUCCCACCACCAUCACAGUGUUUGA